AUGGAUUUCGACGAGGCACUGGGCCUUGACAUGAUGUUCCCAGAGCCAGAGCGUCCUCCAUCACCAGAACCUACAACAGAACGGUAUACAAGAUCGAAAGCCAAUGUUAAUCGGGCUCGGUCAGAUGGUGUGAUCGCUGCCGACGUCUGGGAGUCGAUUGACGUGAGACUUGUCGGGUCUCAUCCCCUUUGGGGUGACCAUCUAUGGAAUGCCGCUAAAGUCUUUGCAAACCUUCUUGAUGCCGAUUCAAAAUUACUUUGUGAAGGGAAGAACGUUUUGGAAUUAGGUGCUGGUGGUGCAUUGCCCGGAAUGGUUGCUGCUUUGAGUGGCGCACGUCGGGUGGUUAUAACGGACUAUCCUGAUCAUGAUCUUAUCGACAACAUAAAUUACAAUGUGGAGAAGAAUGUUCCUCUAGGAAUACGCUCCCGAGUUCACGUUCAGGGAUUUAAGUGGGGUGCCAGGUCUGAGGGCUUGCUGGACGCUCUUAAAACGUCUGGUGAAACAGAGACCCCGCGCUUUGACCUCAUUCUCAUGAGCGAUCUCAUAUUCAAUCACUCCCAACACGAUGCUCUGCUGCGCACAUGCGAAGAAACUCUCGCCCCAGACUCAGGACGGUCAUUUAGAACCGAAGAUACAUCAUUAGUAUCUACACCAGUCGUAUUAGUAUUCUAUACGCAUCACCGACCACAUCUUGCUCAUCGCGACCUCAACUUCUUCGAAAAAGCCAAAAACAGAGGCUGGAAAUGUGAGGAAAUUUUCACUGUAAAAAUGCCGGUGAUGUUCCCUGAAGACUCGGGUGAUGUCGAAAUUAGGUCAACUGUGCAUGGUUGGAGGGUCUAUCGAUAA